CCCGCUUCAUGCAACUUGACUGCGGCAACUGAAACUAGCCCCAAGCCCUGAGUUGGGUGUCCCCAACACAUCCCAGUAGCCGACUUGAACUAAUUACCAGCUCCAUAGACCAUAGCAGGGAGUUGGUAUUGUGCUCGACAAUCUUUCUGGGCUGCGUGAUAAUCAACGCUGGUGACCUGGAGGGAGGCUCUCUCCUUGGUCCAACUCUGCUUACUGUUGGGGUCACAAUGUGCGACAACUCGCGGACUACAGAGCUAGGUUGCGAUGCUGGCCCAUGAUACCCGCUAGGAUGGGUUUCCGUGAGCUGUUUACGGACCGUUUAGUUCUCUAAGGAGUAAGCAAUGCGCUAGUCCUUCUAAUUAUGUCUCGGCGUGAAGCCGCAGCUCAUGGUGGCCGCAAUGGCCAACAAAGACGACCCCUCCCUCUCCUCUUACAGGAAGUCGGCGCUUAAAUAAAUGGUGAACACAGCCGAUACUGUGUUAGUGUCAAAGUCAGCCUGAGGCUCCCUGCUUGAACUUCUUAUUAUGAAUUCCCUGGCACAUCCGUCUUACCCGGCUAUGUUAAUAUUCACACUCCCUUCACUAAAACAUAGCACCCCGAGGAGCUCCCCUGCUUUUCCCUUAGAAUGUGGAGGGCCUUGAUUUGGUUGGGCAUUGCCUAUGAGGCUUUGGGUGAUUGCGUUGGAUCCGGGGUGGUAACGCUACCCUACCAAAAUGUCACUGUCCUCGAUGCCAGCGUCAGAAGGGGCAUCCCCAUAGAGCUAGGCACACCUCCGCAACCUGUCGCCAUGGUAGCAGCCGGGUACGCAAACAACACAUUCCUUUGGGACGACACCCACGGCUGCGAUGUCCGCGUAGAGUACGACCCUUCAUGCAUAGUUGGCCGCGGAGGAAUCUUCUGGCUUAAUAAAUCGUCAACAUGGUCCGACAUUGCCCAGCCCAAUAUCACUGCCCAGGAUAGGACAAUGCAGGGCUUUGACUUCACGGGGACACCCCCAAGGGGCGCAGACAUCCUACACCUCAAUGAAUCUUAUUCUCUGUACAACUUUCCCAUCGCAACGACCAAGGGUGGUAUUACCAUGAAUUCUCUUGGCCUAGGCCAAGAGUCAACGUUUCUUCAAACCUUAGUAAAGAAGGGCGCCAUCCUAUCAAAAACAUGGUCUCUCUUCUAUGGUCUUACGGGGGAAGGUGCAGACACGCAAAUGGAUGGAAUAGCUGUGUUCGGAGGGUAUGACAAAGCAAAAACCCAGGGGGGAAACCAAACCUUUCGGCUCAACUACGACGUGAACUGCCGAACCGGGAUGGUUGCUACGGUCACAAGUAUUGAUGUGGGUUUUGAAAAUGGUACUGAGCAGAAUGCCUUUGCUUCUCCGAUUGACAUGUGCCUCGACCCUUCCUUUGAGAUCAUGUCUUUCACACCUUCAAUCGUCGAUACUCUCAAGUCUAAAUUCGGGGCCAAGUCCUUCGGCACCUCAGGAGGCACUGCACACAACGGACUACUAUACAAUGUUGAGGAUGCUUUCACUGGAAACAUCAGCAUAACAUUAAAUCGCAAGCUCAAGAUAACGGUGACCAACAACCAACUAGUCGUGCCAGACUAUGUCCCACUUGGGAACGAGACCGUUUUCUCUGAUACCUCUCGUGAGGUCCUUGUUGGAGUCCCUACCGGCGGUGAUCAGCCACAGUGGAUGACAUAUCUUGGGCAGCCGUUUUUCACAGCGGCGUACCUCAUGGUCAAUCAAGAUUUGGGAACCUUUACCGUUUGGCAGAACAACAUAACCGAGGACGAGGACUAUCAUGCUAUAGACCCGAGCGGAACUAUAUGUAAAGAAGAGGCAACCGCCCCCACGACUUCAGUCGGUACAUCUGUACCGCCUACGACAACGGACUCCCCAAAGCAAGGCCAAGCCCUGUCUACAGGUGCGAUUGUCGGUAUUGUGGUAGGUGCUGUAGCUGGUAUUGCCCUCAUGGCUGCAUUCCUAGCUUUGUAUUUGUAUCGCAGGAAAGUGCGAAGACUGAAAGGCCAACUGUCGCCGGAUCAAGUCAUUCCCGUGGUUCCCAAAGGUGAAUAUCGCAACCGAUUUCCGGUCGAAGCACCGACAACAGACCGUGGCGCAGCCGAAGCACCUACAAUGGAUCGGGGUGCAGCCGAAGUGCCAGGUGAUGUUGGUCAACCUUCGAUGAUCUUUGAGCUUCCCAGUCAUCCCCUAUCUCGGCGGACAUCCUCAUAAUGUACGCCAGUCG